AUGAAAACGAAUAUAUUAGUUUAUACUCCUCAAAAAUAUAUUCAAUCACAACCUAAUGUCAUCAACCGUUUAAAAUCUAUUAUAGGAAACAAUUACGAUAUUAUUCAUGUUGAUUCUAAAGCGUUAAACGAUGAGCCAUGGCAAGAUACAAUUUGUUGUUUAAUCGUACCUAAUAUAGACAUUGAUAUUUAUUAUGAUGAAUUAAAGAAUAAAGCGAAUAAGAAAAUUAAGGAUUAUGUUUUGGGAGGGGGGAACUAUUUGGGAUUUGGUUCUGGUGUUGCAUAUGUUACAAAAGAUUUGGGAGAUCAAAGGGGUCAGAAUAGUCUUGAUUUCUUUUUAGGUGAUUAUAAGAAAAUAGAUCUUUCAACUAGUUCAAGUACGGUCGUGGAAUUGAUGCCACUAUUGAUAAAUCAAAAUAAUGAACCUUCAACACUUUCACAGCAAAUUCAAUUAUCUACUGACGAAACUUUAGGGUAUUUUGAAGAUGUUGAAAAAUUUUUAAAUAUUAAAACUUUGGCACAUUAUAAAGAUCCAUCACAAGCAGCGAUUAUUCAAUGUGAAAUUGGCAGUGGUAAAGCUAUACUUUGUGGUAUUGAUCUUUAUUCAAGUUUGAUUUCUGAGCAAAGGAACCAAUUGAUACGAUUGAUAAUAUCAAUGUUUGGAAUAAAACUGUCACAAUCAGAUGUUAUUAUUCCUAAAUUAAGUUCAACUUUUUAUUUAUCUUCUUUGAGACCUGCAUUAACUGAUCUUUGGGUUCGUGGAGUAAGCUCUUUGAUAGAUCCUGAUGGAAUUAUUAAAAUUGGGAACAUUUCUUUUCGUCUAAUAACUAGUUCGCAGAAACCUUCCUCGAAUCAGCUAGAAGAGACAAGCGCUGUUAAUGAUAGUGUGAUAAAAAUAGAAGUAUAUAAUGAACCACCAUCCGCGUUAGUUACUCCUUUGUUCAACCUUAAAAAGUUCUUUGAACAUCUUAGUAACGAUAGGAAUGUGUUAUUCGGUUGGGAUCAUAAUUUUGAUUUUGGGUCAACUCUGCUGUAUGGUGAAGUGUUAACAAGCACUCAAACAAUAUUGGCUAAUGAUUUUAAGUUCACACAACAACUACCAACCGGAUUUGUUUGUGUAGCAACGCAGCAAAUUCAAGGACGUGGCCGUGGAAGGAAUUCGUGGAUUUCACCACCUGGAUGUUUGCAAUUUUCUAUUAUGUUGAGACAUUCGCUAAAACUUAAUCCAGGAUCCAUGGUUUUUAUACAAUACUUAUUAUCGUUGGCUGUCGUCGAAGCAAAUAUACCAUUGAGACUUAAAUGGCCAAAUGACAUUUAUGCGGAAAUUUCUUUAGAUGGAUCUUCCAAACCUGAACUUGUUAAGAUCGGUGGUGUUAUUGUUAAUUCAAAUUUUAUUAAGGAUGAAUUUCUCAUAAUUGCAGGUUGCGGUGUAAAUCUAACAAAUUCCGAACCUACAAUUUCAAUUAAUCAACUAAUAACAACUUAUAAUAAAUCAGUGCAUAGUUCAAAAAAAUUACCAUUAUUUUCACAAGAACAAUUUUUAUCUUUGAUUCUAGUAAAUUUUGAAAACCUUUAUAAAGAAUUUUAUCAAAAUGUUCAUGGACCUAAAUCAUUUUUGGAUAUUUAUUAUAAAAGAUGGUUACAUAGUGAUCAAGUAGUCGUAUUAGAAACACAUGAUAACCAAAAGGCAACAAUAUUAGGAAUAACGACAGACUUUGGAUUCUUGAAAGCUAUGAUCAUUGAUACAAAUGAGAUUGUAAUGUUACAACCUGAUGGAAAUAGUUUUGAUAUGAUGAAAGGUUUGAUUAGUCGUAAGGCAUAA